AAGAAAACAAAGCAGAAUCAUUCCAUCAGACGAAAGCUCGACGACGAAGGCCUGCUCUCGCAGCGCCACUAAAAUUAUACAUACUAACCUUAGGCACUGAUUAACAAGCUCUAACAUAAUAGGUAACAGCAGCAAAUAAAUGUCAUUCAAUUGACUCAGCUAUCGGUUCAGUUAAUUCUUUCUCUCCUUUCUUUUCUUCUUAGUAGGACUCAACAUUCUCGUAUCGGUGUUGUUUCAAAACGGCGACCUACACGCGCAUUCUCGAUAGAACGUCCACUGAAUCGUUUCUGUGUCCUCGACUUCGAGGCACCAGACUAUUCGUUAGCGAUUAUGUCUCUGUCGAUGGCAAAGACGAUAGUCACCCCUAAGAAAUCAACACCUGCUACGCCACCGCCCACAGACAGUCCAGGCACAUGGCGACAUCCGCGCCUAGAGGAAAUUACCCAGCGACAGGAAGCCACUACCUUCUCAGACAAGAACAUCAAGCGCAUUGCUGUGAAUAUCAUCGUCCUCAUAACGUUGAUCAUCCUGCAUUCUCUGGCGGCGCGAGCGUUACCAUCUAAGAAAUCCUUUCCUUACGCUGUCUGGAGUUACGCGCGAUACGCAUACUGGGCAGUUCUUGCCAUACCCCUCUUCAAUAUCGGCACGAAUCUCCUGCCUCUAAUCAGACCCAAAGAUGAUCUAUCUGACAUCCCCUUAACCCCUGGCCAACGACAACUGCUGGGUCUGCCACCGAGUUCCGCACCUCCUACGCCAGGCUCUGCGUAUAGCACGCCGCCCCGCUACUCCCGAACUCCCUCUAUCUCCGGGUCUACUGGCAGUAAGCGUAGCUUCUCCAGCCCCACUCGCAGCCCUGCCUCCAACUACGGUAGCCUCAGCGGAGGAAACGGGAAUGUCAAUCUUGCCGGAUUAGGGUCUCCUCAGAGUCCGCUGCUCCAGAAGGCCAUGAACGGUGCGCGCCGCUCGUCGAUAAGCUCGCUAGGAUCGUCUGGAAUGUUGGGUGCCAGCACGGGAUUCUCUUCCAGCGCGGGAUUCUCUUCUUCUUUCUAUGGCGGAGUACCCGAUAGCCCCAGCCCCAGCCCCGUGGCAGGAAAGAGAAACACUGUCGGGUUGAGCAGCAAGUGGAUGUACGAGAGGGCACAAACCCGCAAGAAUACAACAAGCAAUGCAUGGUUAUAUAACUAGGCUAAGGGAUAAGCAAUGUAAGAUUCAAUGCAAGAUGCCAACCUUUGCUACGCCUACGGACCCUGUGCGCGCGAAAUCAAGUAUAAAUUACAAGAUAGACGCGAUUAAUGCUACCCGAAUCGUGUAAUUAGCAAGUUAGGUUUUUAUAGGAGCCACUAAGGUUUGUCACGGUGGAAUAAGCCUCAACACGUAUGUCCGUUGACAGGUGGUUAUCAUAACUUAAGUACCUUAAGAAGUUUAGUAGGUAAUCAUGGCCUUUCUAAUAAAAAUAUCUAAUAAAAAUA